AGAAAUAUGUUUAUUCCAAGAUAAAGUAUAAACAUGUAUUCAAAACAUUGAGAUUUCACAACCAAGGAAACUUUGUUUGGAAUGUGCUGAAUGAGAAUGCGUUAGUACGUGUUCUUCCCUCCUUGGCGGUAAGCUAAGUGUGUUAGUUGACCCGGGUCGCUGGGACGGUGUAGUUGGAGAAGUUAUUGUAACUAUAACAUGUUAAUAUAAGUGCGUGUGUGUGUGAUGAAACGUUUUUAAACGAGAAUGAACGCCUAUAUAACGGUUUUAUGAACCACGUCGCGACUGUUCUGUGUGUAAAAUCGUGCUCUUUGAAUGAAAAGCGAAGGUUAGCUGCUAAGCUUAUGGCUGGUGUGUGUGAGUGGGGUCUCCGCUUGUGUGUGAAAUGUCACAGAGCAGCUCAGAAAGUGACAUCUGGGAGUACAAAUCUCUUAAGAAGACAAAAAAGCAAGACAGGCCGAGUUCCAGUGAACGUGCAGCUAAGAGACAGAGGGUGGUCAAGCAAGGGACGUCAAAGAAAAACUCAGAUCAAGACGUUAAGGACGUUAAACGGUCUGAUGUGGAGUCCAAGUCAAGAACCAGAUCCUCCACCAGGAAUCGACUGCCUAGCCAAUCUCCCCAAGUGUUCAGCGUAAAUGGAUCACUGACCGGCUCAUCUCAUCCAGCCUCGUCUGUGUCACACGAAGUACAUGAUGAUAUCCCUCCUGAGAGUGAUGCACAGAAGGAAACGGGCUCUGAAACUGGGGGAUGUUGUCCUGUCUGUCAAAUGCCAUUUUCUGUCUUGGUGGUGCAGUCUCCACGGUGGCAUGUUGCUGAGUGUUUGGAAACUCCUGGAGAAACCAGUAAAGAAUGCCCAGAUGGUCUCCAGUGUUCUUCAUCCAUCCCAAAUCACUACAAGAGAUAUAGUCACUCUCUUUUAGCUCACUCUCGGGCAACAAACAGCACAGCUUCAGCACUAGACCCCAAAGUCCCACAUCUGCAGCAGAAGUUGGUUAAAAGUGAGGCCACCAUCUCCAGUAAAGACAGCUCUGUGGACAGCGCACUGAAUCGGUCUUCUGUGUCCAGCCACAGUGCCUCUCCCAGUCAUGAGUCCAGGGGACCUUACACACCAGUUCGUCCUAAUGCCUUAUUGCUCUUGAGAUCACCAGCCCCUGAAGACAUUAAGAAAAAGAAAGGCUGGUCUCCCUCUACCAAAGGAUCUAGAGCUCAAACUUUAUCUCAGGAAGCUAAAAUUAUGAUUUCUACUCCAAUUAAAGCAGAAAGCAGCUGCUGUGCUGUUAAAACGGUUGAAAUUAAAGAGGAGGCCUCUGCUUUGAAUGAUGAUGAUUAUAUCUCCUACUCUCCCCUUUCUGAGCUUCCUGCUGAAAUGGAUUUGACCAAAACAAAAAAAAAGCUGUUUCACAGCACUGCCCUAAAAGAAGUAGAUGAGGAAGAGGAUGAGAAUGAUUCGCUAAUGCUGUUUGACGACACUGUGAGUGAUGAUGACCUGCUCUCUGAUAUCUUGGACCAAUAUGAGAUAGAAAAAACCCAAAGCCAAGGAGAUUUGCUUGUUAUGGAGUCUCCAUACACCUGUGACCAAUUAGAUUCUUUAGUACCACGUGAACAUUUGACAAGUUCCAGCUCUGCAGCUGCUGCUGUUGGACCAAAUGAAUUCAGUUCUCCUGUUAGACACUCAAAAGAUGAGCAUUUAGUGAGAGAUUGUGACAAGCCUCAACUGCAGUCUCAUGGAAGUUUAGUACUGGAACGCCUUCGUGAGCGCAUGUCUAACCCUGCAGAUUCAAACAGUCUUGGCUUUACUUCUGUAGAUAUUAACUCUGUUUCUGUGAAACAAGAAAUAUCUUCCACUCAAGCAGCAAUGCAUGCCACCCAGAACAAAUCUAUCCCUGUUACUCCCAGGAAAGUCCAGACCAAGGCCUCUGGGUUAAAGCAAACUGAUAUUGGAGUGUUCUUUGGGCUGAAGCCAUUAAGUAAGGAGUCUGAACCAGAAGUUAAUGCAACAAAGGAAGAAAGCAUUCAGGUGAGAUCUACUCCUGCAAAGAGAUCAACACCUGCAGGGAACAAUGCUAAGCGACAGGGAAGGCAGCAUGGGAAGAAUACUGCAAUGUCUGAGGAGUCCAGAGUGACAGAGGCAGUAGAAGAAGGAGCUGCUCAGCCUACGCAAACAGAAGGAGGCAGAGGAGUGAGGGCAGGGGGGAGGAAGAGGUGGAACAGAGGAAGAGCGACAGAUGGAAGACCAGAGGAGCCCAAGCGAUGCCCGUUCUACAAGAAAAUCCCUGGAACUGGCUUUGCUGUGGAUGCUUUUCAGUAUGGGACUGUUGAGGGAAUCACAGCCUAUUUUCUCACACACUUCCACUCUGAUCAUUAUGGAGGACUAAACAAAAAGUCGACUCUUCCUGUUUACUGCAAUAAAAUAACGGGGAACCUGGUGAAGAGUAAGCUGAAAGUAGAUGAGCAGUAUGUCCACAUUCUUCCAAUGAACACCGAGUGUACGGUGGAUGGUGUGAAGGUCAUCCUAUUGGAUUCUAAUCACUGCCCAGGUGCAGCCAUGUUGCUGUUCCUGCUGCCAGAUGGCCAGACCGUGCUCCACACUGGUGACUUCCGGGCUGAUCCAUCCAUGGAGCGCUACCCAGAGCUGCAGGGCUUAAGGAUUCAGAUGCUGUAUCUUGACACCACAUACUGCAGUCCAGAAUAUACAUUUCCCACUCAGCAAGAGGUGAUAACCUUUGCUGCUAACACAGCCUUUGAGCUGGUCACGCUCAACCCUCGCACACUGGUGGUCUGUGGCACUUAUGCUGUGGGGAAAGAGAAGGUUUUCUUGGCAAUAUCUCAGGUGCUGAGUUCAAAGGUAUAUAUGUCCAGGGAUAGGUAUAACACCAUGUGCUGUCUGGAGGUAGAGCAGAUCCAUCAGUGUAUUACCACAGACCCAAAGGCAGCUCGGGUCCAUGUUCUCCCCAUGAUGCAACUCAAUUUCAAGAAUUUAAAAAUGCACUUGAGUAAGUUUUCGGAGUCAUAUGACCAACUGGUGGCUUUCAAGCCCACGGGCUGGACCUUUACUCAGUCAAGCGAUGUGAACAACAUACAGCCUGAAGUCAAAGAUGACAUCAGUAUUUAUGGUAUUCCAUACAGUGAGCACAGCAGCUACCUGGAGCUGAAGCGCUUCGUGCAGUGGCUGCAGCCACUGAAGAUCAUUCCUACAGUGAAUAUAGGCAGCUGGAACAGCAGGAAGGCCAUGGAGCAGUGCUUCAGAGAAUGGCAGGCUGAGGUUAAAGCUCUCAACACCAUGCCAAGGAACAGCUGCAGUAGGUCCUAUACAAGGCAAUAACGAUGGACUACCGCACAUCAGUACAGCCUGUGGCCAAGUAGUCAGAUGGUGAAUUUAAGACUUGAAUGCAAGGACUCUUGCCUGCUUAUGAUUUAGAGCGGUGCUUCCCAACUCUGGUUAAGGAGUAACUCCUGCCCUGUGUAUUUUGGUAGAUUCUCUGCUCCCAGCAAGCUCAUUACCAAGCCUUUCAUGACUUCAAGUGGAUAUUUUGGGAACUAGGAAAGCACUAGAAUGUGCAGGCCAGGGGAUAAUCCAGGACCUGGGUUGGGAACCUGUGUUCCAGAGGACCUUUCCCCUCAUUUAGAAAGAUGCAGAGGAAGCUAUGGAACCACAAUUGUAUGAUUGUGCUGGUUUUUAAUUGUGGUCUUUACAGCAGUUCACAUGGUCGAUCUGUCAGUGCCAUUUCUUAAUGGAUGAUAACUUCAAUAUUUACUUUAAAUCUGCUCAUUUUAGAAUGAAUAGUGAGCAAUCAAGAGUUUGAAAAAAUGGUGAUACUCUGUGAUAGUUUCCAUAGAUGUUGUCCUAAUUAAUUACACGGUCUUUGUUUUUAAUUCUUGUUUUUUAAAUGUAUGUAAAUAUUUAAUAAAUCCUUUUUUCAACAAUUGCAAAA